AUGUCGAAUCCAGAAACUCCAGUGACACCAGCCGACUCGCAGCCGGAAAUUCCUCUCAGAAACCCCUCCACCCAACCGUCCUCGCCGAUGAGCGAUGCAGCCGAGCCGGAACCCAAGUCUUCCUCCGAUAUGGAAGUCGACUCGAAGCCAGAGAAGGAUGCGGAUGCCAUGGAUGAAUCUGAUGACAUCGAAGGCAUGGAUGUGAAGGCCAAAGCCCUGAUGCAUCUCCUGAGCACCAGUGAAGUCUUUGUCGCUAUCAUGGCCGACAAAAUGAAGAAACAGCAAGAAGAAGCACGGUUGGAAGCUGCCAAACUCCAGCAACAACAAAAUGAAAAGGACAAUGGUCCCAGGAAAUCCACAACGGCCGAGCCGACUGGGAGGCGACAGACCCGUACAAGUGCGAGACACGAAACAGCCCAAGAGCCACCUUCGGCAGAGACCGCCAAAGCUCCUGAACAGGGUCCAGCGAAGUCAAAAAGGGGCCGAUCAAAGGCUGCGAAAGGAGCCAACAGCAUCUCGAGCUACUUCAAGAAAGCAGACGUAAAAGUUCCGGACAAUAACCCUACGGUCCAGGAGGCCCUUGAACAUGCAGCGGAUGAAUACGAGACCAAGCCCACCGUCCUGGGUGGACAGGAGCUCGUUGCAACCCAACAGCCUGAGCUAGUGACCGGGGGCAAAAUGAGACAGUACCAGCUCGAAGGACUGGAAUGGCUGAAGUCGUUGUGGAUGAACGGACUUUGUGGAAUCCUUGCUGAUGAGAUGGGUCUGGGGAAAACAGUGCAAGCUAUCUCCCUGAUUGCUUUCUUCAAGGAAAAGAAGGUCUCAGGACCCUUCUUGGUUGCGGCUCCUCUGAGUACUGUGAGCAAUUGGGUGGAUGAGUUCGCCCGUUGGACUCCAAGCAUCAAGACGGUACUGUACCACGGAUCGAAGGACGAACGCGCGGAAAUCAGGAGGAAAUACAUGAACUUGAAGGACCAAAGAAGUAUGGACUUUCCGGUCGUCUGUACCUCCUAUGAGAUCUGCAUGAACGAUCGGAAGUUCCUUGCGCAAUAUCAAUGGCGCUAUAUCAUUGUGGACGAGGGACACCGUCUGAAGAACAUGAAUUGUCGACUCAUCAAAGAACUACUCACGUAUAAUUCGGCAAAUCGUCUCCUAAUUACCGGAACACCAUUGCAGAAUAAUAUCACGGAGCUGUGGUCACUUUUGCACUUCCUGCUUCCCGAGAUCUUCAAUGAUCUCAACAGCUUCCAAAGUUGGUUUGAUUUUUCGUCCAUGUUGGACAACAGUGGCCAAGCAGAUGUUCUGGAACGCCGAAAGCGCACUCUUGUUUCCACCAUGCAUUCGAUCCUCAAGCCAUUUCUCUUGAGGCGUGUCAAGACCGACGUGGAGACCUCCCUUCCCAAGAAGCGGGAGUACAUCUUGUAUGCGCCUCUAACGGCCGAGCAGAAGGAGCUUUACCGUGAAAUACUAAACGGGACGGGUCGGCAAUACCUAGAGGAGAAAGCCAGGGAGCGUUUGACGGCUAAAAACGAAAUACUGUCGCGUUCAAGCAGUUUAAAACGCAGUGCGGACAGCAGCCGGGCUUCCACACCUAACAAGAGCCUGAAGUCCAGCCGCGACUCCACUCCUGCGAGUACGACAAGCUCGAUCCGCAGACGCAGAGGACCGCAAAGCUAUAAAGAGUUAAGUGAUCGUGAAUUCAACUCGAGAUUGCGGAAGAUCGAGCGAGGAUUUGACGAGGAUUUGAAUGUCGCUGAAGGCAACGAUAGCCAAGUCGAGACGGACCUGGAGGAGAUCGAAAGAGCCAAGACUAUCAAACUCGCGAAAAUAGCCCAGAAGAAAAUGCAGAAUCCAGUGAUGCAAGCUCGACUUGCUUGCAAUUCUCCGCAUAACUUCUACUGGCCCUGGGGCGAGGACCCUGCAGAUAUUGACGAAUCUCUUGUCACGGCAUCAGGCAAAAUGCUGCUCUUGGAUCGUCUGGUCUCCUGCCUUCUCAAGAAGGAACAUAAAAUUCUCAUCUUCUCCCAGUUCAAAACGCAGUUGGAUAUCCUUCAAGACUGGGCCACCCAGCUCCGCUCCUGGAAUUGUUGCCGGAUUGACGGCGCCAUCAGCCAGAGUGACCGACGAGAGCAGAUCAAGGCGUUCAAUACCGAUCCAAAAUUCAAGAUCUUCCUCCUGAGCACGCGUGCUGGUGGCCAAGGCAUUAACCUUACGGCCGCUGAUACAGUGAUUCUGUACGAUUCGGACUGGAACCCUCAGCAAGAUCUCCAGGCGCAAGACCGUGCUCACCGCAUUGGUCAAACUAAACCGGUGAUUGUUUAUCGUUUAGCCACAAAGGGUACGGUGGAACAGACGUUGCUUGAGAAGGCGGAUUCAAAACGACGUCUCGAGAGGUUAGUCAUUCAGAAAGGGAAAUUUAAGAGUCUUCUGGACUCCAGCUCCGCACUGAGCGCGAGCGACGUUGAUGAUCUGAGGAAGGCCCUGGGAGAGCAUGAGUUCGAGCGCUUUGAGACUGGAACAGACCCAAACGCUCUACUAUCUCAGCAAGACCUCGACAUCCUGACAGACCGAAGUGAAGAGGCAUACGCUCGGGCCGAAAAGGGCCUAGACCAGAACGAACAAAUGUUCAAGACUGUGGAGACGAAGAGGGACGGCAAUGGACUCAUGGCUCUUGCCGGCAACUGA